AUGAGCCACGCGGACGAGGCCGGCGCGGAGAAGUACAUCGCCAUAGAGGCGUCGCACCGCAUGCUGCUAUGCCGCCUGUGCCGUUGUGGGAUCAGGCCCGGCGGCGGUGUCGAGGCCCACUUCCGGCACACCUACCGGCUUAAAGGGCGUGCGCUGCAGGAGAUCAAGGCGUGCGUCGCCGGCAUGGAGCUGUCCGACCCACUCGAAGCCGCGCUACCCCCGGACGGGUCGGCGGCCAUCCCCGGGCUGGACAGCGUCCGGGGCUACGGGUGUAGGAAGUGCCGCUAUUACACGGUGGCCCGCGACAACAUCGCCAGGCACUGGAGGACGGCGAACCACCCGCCGACGGAGGCCAGGCUGCGGUGGAAGGAGGUCCUGCUGCAGUCCUGGUCGCGGAGCCCGUUCCUGCGGUACUGGGAGGUGAGGAACAGCGGCCACCAGGCGCCCUGCCGUCGGCACGAGAAGGAGGAGGAGGAGGAGGGGACGCCGCCCAACGAUGACGACGACAACAGCAGCAGCAGCGGGGUCAGCAUGAUGGAGCGCCAGAUCCGCGCGUUCGAGGCCGAGCUCGAGCGGCAGGACGCAGAGCGGCUCCGGCGAGGCGACGUCGAGGAAGGGUUGGACCGGGAGUCGGCAUGGGUGAAGCGGCUGGGCUGGAAUCGGCACUUCGGCGGCGGCAGGGACCUCGUGGCCGUGUACGAGGCGGCGGAAUGGGUGAAGGCCGUCGGUGCGAGGGAGAGGCGGAGGUGGGAGUAG